AUGGCUACUGUCCUUGCUGUCCGGAGCGAGGUGACAGGCAAGCGCCCCAUCAAGCUGACCCCGAAGAUGCAGGGAGCUGGGGGUCUUGGUACCCGCUUGAGUGGCGGUGUCAAGAAGCGCAAGGCUGUUGGCGGCCGACUGAUCACGAAAGCGCGCAAGGAUGGCGCUUCUGAGCACGUCGAUGACAACGAUGAUGUCGACGAUGUUGCGGGCAACACCGGCAUUGACAACGCCUCUGCUGCCGCAGCUGACCCGUCUAGCGGUGCUGGUGAUGCCGCUCCCUUGGGGGUUCAAGUCCAUGCUGACGACUUCAGUGAUGAGGAGCAUGAUGAGGAAGAGGAACGCACGAAGCUGCAGACGGAAAAGCAAGUUUUAACCGUAACGCUCAUUUCCUGUGCCGCAGGGGACGGGCGACAGGACACGCUGAACAACAUCACCGAGCGUGAUGGGGCGUCGCUUCCCUCUCAAAGUCCUGCUGGGAGCCCCCUGGAGGGUGUUGCCGCGGCAUCUGACCAGGCUGCUAACGGGCGGCUUGCUGAGUUGGAGCGAACCACGCAGCAGCAGUCACAGCUGAUUUCGUCGCUUUUGUUGCAACUUAACAACGGGUCCUGCUCCCUGGAGAGGGGUGCGGUGGGUCAUGCCUCGGGGUCUCCAAGCACCAAUGGAACGCCGCGAUCAGCACCAACGUCGCAGCAAGCUCAUGUCGCCACACCCGAACGCGAAAUGCUGCAGCGCCCGACAUCCAACCGUGCUUCCCCUGCUGUGCCGCGGAAGCGGAAGUAUCCAACGAUGAAGAACAACGGUAACGUGUGCGACGUAGUCCUGCACACGUCACUCAGCGGUAUCCCGUUGAGGGACCAGAUCCUCAUGCGCCAGUUGCCUUCCUAUGGCAAGGCAUGGAACUCGACUUGUUCUUCUCGCAUGCUGAUUUGCCACGUUUCCAAGUUUCCAAAUCUCCCUAUUCUUUUCCGCAUUCCCAUGUACCAGAAAAAAAUGGAGCUUGCUGUGGUUGUGGCGUUCUUUCGCCAACCGGACGACGUUACGAGCGUGUACCCGUCAGAAAGCGUGGUGAUGCGGUGCCUCAUCGGUGUUUGGGGCGAGAGCAAGGCUGCCGCGCUAGUAGCAGUCAUGACGUACUGCGUGGCGCGGGCAGGCGCUUCAACGCGCAAGCAGAGUGAUUGGCGUGCGCGGAUCUCGAUGAAUGGGCGCCGGAAUUUUGCUGACGCCUAUGGGCUAGUUUGCGAAGCGAAUCCCCGCCUGAAGUUCGAUUACAGCGAGCUGAUUUGUGAUGAGGAGCGCACACCGACCCAAGUAUACAACUUGGAGAGCAAGGGUGGGAUACCACUGGUCAAGCCUCUUGAAAAGGGAGGGCUUCUUAUCUGGCACUUUGCUGAAGGCACGAUGCGCCCGUUUGGCACUGCGCUCUUCGACAUCAUCGUCCGCAACGCAUUUCAGAAGGGUGCUGGCGGGUCGGCUACGGUGGUGAAGGCGUACCACAUCGCCUAUCUGCUGUAUCUGUCCCCCUUUGAGUUCUCACUGGGCGAGUCAGGAGGGAGCCUGCAGCUCGCAGUGAUGAGCGGCACCAUCAAAUGGCCGCACCCGCCGCUCUCCGCCUCCUCCUUUCCAUCCCCUAAUCUCCCCUCUUUUCUCCUUCUCCCCAUUUUCCCCCCUCCCCCACCCCUACCCUUGCUUCCUGCACUCUUUCCCCGGCCCUUUCUCCCCAUUCCCUCCCGCCUUUUUUCUUCUCCUUUCCCGAACCCCAGGUACGGGCAGUCCCCCUUUGAGUUCUCACUGGGCGAGUCAGGAGGCAGCCUGCAGCUCGCAGAACGUGGAGUGGAGGUGUCAUCGCAUGCCUUUUGUGCUCUAUCACCUCCCACCUGCCUGCCAUGUCCAGCUUGUGGCAAACGCAUUCCUACGGAUGCGGAUGUGAAUGCAGCUGACAUUGCCUGCUACCACCGCAAGGUGAAGGCGGCCAUUCGCAAGACCCUCGAGGAGUCCCCGGAUGACCAGCUUCCUGCAUGGUCGGAGCAGUAUCAGGGGUGGGUGUUUGGACCCACCGAGACUGUGGUGAUCUCGGGCAGCGGCUUCCCCGACCUCGUUCCCGAUGGGGCUGACCCCGAUGCCGCCGAGAAGAAGGCGGUUGCUCUCCUGUUCGAGUAUGCCCAGGUGGAGCCCGAGAAAGGCAAGAAGAAGAAGACGGGUUCCAACAACAGUGAUGCCACCAUGGAGCGUGAUCUCCUGGAUGAUGUGGGGUACCCCACGUGGAAGGGGCAGAUUCUGGAUGGAGAGCAGCUGUGGGCGCUAAUAGAGGGCUUGGAGGCCAAUGGGCUGCUCUUCUACACGCACCUGCUCACCGGUGGGUUCCAGCUCCUCUCCUUCCAUUCUCUCCCUCACACACUUUCCUUUCCCCCCUCUCUCCCUCUUUCCCUCCCUCCUUCCCUCCCUCUCUCCCUCUUUCCCUCCCUACUUCCCUCCCUCUCUCCCUCCUUUCAUCAGAAGUAUCCUCAAGACUUGGCUAGAGCAGCGGAGCUAGCAGUGGCAUCCCUACAGGCUGUGCUCGCACGAACCUUGCAGCACCGCUCUCCACCUCUGGACGGCACCGAGUCCUCUCCCACUCCCCCCACUCCCAAUCGCCUGGAGCUCUGCCUCGUUCAGAGCCGCGAUGACAUUAUAAGCCCGCCUGUUGUGUUACGUGCACAAGCGGUUGAAAGUGGUGUAGAUGGUUUAGAUGGAUUGCAAGAUGGUGAAAGUGCCUUGCGCGUGACGCGGACCGUACUUGUCUCCCGCCGAGUAGCCAUGGAGGACGCAGAGGCGCGCCGCUCUCGCCUGCGCAGCAUGCGCGAGUCCGCGGCGAAGCAGCAGGCGGCGUCCCCCGGCGCGCCCACGCCUUCCGCCGCCCUCUCCGCACUCCCCUCCCCUGACUUCUCUCCGCCGCUUAUCCGCACGCAUCUGCGUGUGCGCCAUCCGGGGAAGGCGGACCUGGGGGAGGUAGAUCUGCUAGACGGCCAGCAGGAGCAGCCACCACAGGCUCGGGGAAUUUCUCACAGGCCUCAUACUCAAGCAGACGCCAUCACUGCAUGUGACAUGCUGCGCGCUGCAGGGCCCAGGAAGGUAUGCGAGGCUACAGGGGAGGAAGAAGAGUGGGCAGGUAGGUCAUCUAAACCUCAUGGGGGUUGGGGGUGGGAUGGGGGGGGGGGAGGAGGAGGGGGAGUGGGGGACGAGAGGGGGAGAGAGAAGGGCACCCCUGCUGAGGACGGCAUGGUGGAGAUCGCGAGCAUGGAGGUGAAAGCCCAGCUGCUGGUGGUGGAGGGGAGAUGUCCCAUGAAGCAUCGCCACAUCUCUUAA